GGGAACAACAGAGAGAAAAGAAAAGGCGGAGAUGGGAGGAGUGACGUCUUCAAUGGCGGCAAAGUUUGCUUUUUUCCCACCUAACCCACCUUCAUACAAGCUUGUAACUGAUGAAUUAACUGGCCUUUUGCUUCUAAGUCCUUUUCCUCAUAGAGAAAACGUUGAGGUUCUUAAGCUUCCAACUCGGCGUGGCACGGAGAUUGUUGCUAUUUACAUCAGGCAUCCUAUGGCUACUUCCACUUUGCUUUACUCUCAUGGAAACGCUGCCGAUCUGGGUCAGAUGUAUGAGCUUUUCAUUGAAUUGAGCAUCCACUUGAGGGUCAAUCUUAUGGGCUAUGACUAUUCUGGGUAUGGGCAAUCAUCUGGAAAGCCAAGUGAACAGAAUACAUAUGCAGAUAUUGAAGCUGCAUAUAAAUGUCUUGAAGAAAGCUAUGGUACAAAACAGGAAGAUAUCAUCCUCUAUGGCCAAUCUGUUGGUAGUGGCCCCACUCUGGAUCUAGCAGCUCGGCUGCCUCAGUUAAGGGCUGUUGUUCUGCACAGUCCCAUACUUUCUGGCUUAAGAGUCAUGUAUCCUGUAAAGCGUACAUAUUGGUUUGACAUUUAUAAGAAUAUCGAUAAAAUUCCACUUGUCAAUUGUCCUGUUCUUAUCAUUCAUGUAAGUAUCUAUAACCGUCAUCCUCCACUUUAAGAUUUCAUGGGUUAUGGAUAUCAUGAAUCUGCCACAUGCACAUUUAUCCCCUUAGGUUGUAGAUAUUUGAACCAUUAUUUGUUUAUAUGUUUUUUGUCUUUUGCCAUUGAAUUCUUCACAACAAUGAUGGCAUUUAAUGAACUCUCUUUGUUUUUUUUUUCUUCCUGUUCUUUUUUGAAGUCCAGAGUUAACUCUUAACUCUGAUUCGGUUGAAAGUGAAAACCCCCCGAUAUUGAGUGAUGAGAUAAUUAUGCACUACUUGACUUUUUCUUCAUCAUAUGAUAUACUCUGAAGUUUGAAUUUUGAGCUUCUUACUUCUCCUACAUUUUCAUUGGAUCUGUUGUGAUAACUUGUAUGUUCCAGAUAAAAAUUUUUCGAAUCUAAUAAACUGUUGUUCACCAUGAAAACACUUCCCCCCCUCCCUCCCAAAAAGAACACUUAUUGAUUGGGCAAUGAUCAGAGCUUUUAGCCAGCAAUUCUAAACAUAAAUUUUUUGGUAUCAAUUGAAUUACACCAGCUUUCCUUCAAUGUUAAGUCACAUAUCUUUGUACCUUAUGACCAAUUUUCCCAUUGAUGUUUCUUGGUUAGGAGUUUCUUUUAAGGUCCAAUUCUUUCAUCAAGUCUGACAAACCUAGAUCUGCAUUGGACUUUGGCCCAUGCCAGUGUCUCAAGUGCAAACAAAAGAUAGCUGUCAUGGCAGUGGGUAAAUAAUUACUAGUUUUGGAGGAUUGCCAGUCCUGGCAAAGUAAAUUAAAUGCAGUCCUUGCUAGUUAGAUUUCUUGCAUCUAUAACACCCUUUCAUCUUCUCAAAUGUUUUUUUGCUAGAGGAGCGUGAUUGAACCAUUGUUUAUGUAUGAUUUACUUAGUAUUUCAAUAUUAGUUUAUUCUUGAGAUAGUCAAUGAACACCUUUGGGUAACAACAAAGGUCCUACAGCUCCUGUUUUGAUACCUAGAAAGAAAAGAUAAUAUCUCUGCUAAUUUACUUAGCUUUUAUGAGGACUAAAAUCAACUUAGCAACUGCCAGAGCUGAUUUUGGAAGGUGGUGAGGGGGAUUUGACGGUGAAGGAUGUAUGUGGGGACGAUCGUUGAGAAGAAAUUUGAAGGCUGGCUUGAAGUGAAAAGAAGUGACCUAUAUGGACCCCAUUGAUAGCUAAACCAGAUUAGUAUGCGUGAUUUUUGGUUUUGAAAAUCAUGCCAUAUGUUGACAUUGCUGAACUUUUCUGUAUGUCUCUGUCAUAUAUGGUUUGGCUUGUUUGGUUUUUUCUUUUUAAAUUAUAGUAUCAUGGAUAAUUCCAUUGGGUAGUGCAACAUCUGCAGUUGUUGAAAUUUAGUUUUCUUAGCUCCUAUGCUUAGUCAGAAGUAAUCUUCUGUAGACUGUAUAGCUUUUGUUUAAUGAAGGUAAGUUUGGUUUUCCUCAUCCUUGUAUUUAAUAUAAUGCAUAAGUUGGGAUUAUGAGCAAAUUGUUCAAGUUGCUAAUUUCCUCGAAUAUGGUUUCUGCUUUCAUUGUGCAUAAAUUUUGACCAUGCCCUUUUAACAAAAGUUUUUAGGGAUGGGCAGAUGGA